AUGGCAGUCGUUGAAACAAACACCAUGUCAAAAGAGUUUCAUGUCCAUCAAGGUGGUUUUCCUUUCUUAGACAUCGAAGUUAUUCGAAAUUUUGUUGACGAAAAUGAAGAAGCAAUGUUGGUCAAGGAGAUCGAUAAACAAGCAUGGGUUUUAUCUCAAUCCGGGAGGAGAAAACAGGAUUAUGGACCAAAAGUGAAUUUCAAACGACAGAAGGUGCAGAUUGGAGGAUUUGAUGGUCUGCCAGCAUAUUCUAGGUUCCUCAUAACACGUUACAAUGAUUUGAUUAAAGAAAGCAAAUCUCUUUGCCCUGAAUUUUUCCCAGUAGAGUUGUGCAACCUGGAGUAUAAAUCAGAUCGUGGAGCUUGUAUUGUACCGCACUAUGAUGAUUCAUGGUUGUGGGGUGAUCGAUUGGUGACUGUCAAUUUGAGUGGCGCCACUUAUUUAACUUUCACAUUACCGACAACUGAUGUGGUGGAUGGCAUAAACCACGAAUUUCAACGUGUUCAAUCGUGUGUGCCAAAUGUUUCUCGAGGCUCAUUUUGCGUACGUGUGCUGCUGGACAGACGUUCCCUUGUGGUUGUUAGUGGACCUGCACGAUAUAUAUGGCAACAUGAAAUUAGGCGUUCAGAUAUACCUAUCCGACGUAUUGCUAUGACAUUUCGUGAAUUGAGUAGUACAUUUUCUCCCGAAUCAGGUAAUAUGACAGAUGAACAAAAAUUCGGUAAGAAACUCUUGGAAAUCGCUUCCACAUACGCUCAUAUGUGA